AUGGGGGAAGUCAGAGGCAGGGCAGAACAGGGAGUGGGCCCCACAGGCAUCCAGGACCCCGACACCCAUGCUCACCAUGAUGCUCCCCUCAGACCCCCCCACUCCGCCUCCUCAGCUUAUGCGGGCAGCAAGCUGGCGCUCGUGCUGUUCUCCAGGCGGCUGCAGUGGCUCCUGGUGGCGCGCGGUGACCCUGUGACCUCAAGCGUGGCCGACUCGGGCGUCGUGGACACAGCGCUGUACCGGCAUGCGGGCUGGGGCAUACGGGCUGCCAAGCGCCUGCUGGGAUGGGCCCUGUUCAAGGUGAGAAGCACUGGGUGGGGAGCAUUGGGCAGGGAACAUCGAGAACAGAGUGAGGAGCCCUGA